CUGCCAGAGUCAAUGCACUUACAACCUUUCAUUACAAAUAUCCUGUGGUAUAAAUCUUAAUUCAACGACAUUUUAUUGGAGAUAACUUCGUCUUGUCACAAGUAAAACACAACGCAGUCCAGUCCUGAACACUGCUGAAGAAGGUUAUCACUAUGGAUUUGAAAUGGCCACAUCUUGGCAUGGCUUUCUUUAUUGUUGUCUCUCUCACUAUGACUUGCUGUUUUGUGUGGCAGUACAAACUUCCAAAGAAAGGCCUGAAUGAAUUUACUUUGUCUAAAGAGCCAAAACCUUUGCAAAUGUGUCCCAGGCAUCCCAAACCUGUGCCAUUGGUGCAUCCCAUGCCAAUUCUAAAAGAAGCUCUCAAAAAGGUUGACUUUCUGUUACGUCAUCAAAUACAUGCAAGGAGCCUGCCAUCUAUUUCAGCCAUUGUAAUAUAUAAUGAUACUGUGCUGUGGACUGGAAAUUUUGGGAAAAGAAAUGCAAGUGAUGAGCUUUCACCUCCACCAAAUGAAUACACUGCUUACAGGAUCGCAAGCAUUUCCAAGAUCUUCCCAGCUAUCAUGCUGUAUAAACUCUGGCAGGAAGGAAAAAUUGCGUCUCUGGAUGAUCCACUAACAAAAUAUGUCCAAAAUUUCACAGUUAAAAACCCACUGGGAAAUUCAAAAGACUUGGAAAGUAAAUAUGAAGCAGAUGGCCUGCUAUUUCUUGAGCGACGGGAAGCUGCAGCAAAAGUAUCAUCUGUGACAUUGAAACGAAUGGCCAGCCAGCUGUCAGGGUUACCUAGACGACUCAGAUCAACAAGCCUGCUCUGGGAUGGAAACACUGAGAUGGCACUGAAUCUUCUACGGGACGAUUUACUCAUUGCGGAUCCUGGUACAAGAUGUCAUUACAGUAAUUUGGCAUUUUCCCUCCUGGCUCACAUUCUAGCCAAUAAGGUUGCUAGAUCAGAGUAUCAACGCUGGAUUACUGAGAAUAUUUUAACUAAACUAGGGAUGGAGCACACUGGAUUUGAGUUUACACACUCAGUCCGUUCGAAGCUAGCCGUUGGUGUUUACAGCAAUGGCCAGCCAGCACAGCUAUAUGACCUUGGUUGGUAUAGACCCUCUGGCCAAAUGUACUCCACGGCUGCGGACCUGGCUAAACUAGCAAUGGUGCUUUUGGGAACUGUCCACAGAAAUCUGCUUGAGCCUGAUGCCAUAAAAAUGAUGCUCACCCCAGUCUUCAGGUGUUCUGAAGAUUACUUUGCCAGCAAAACAGGAACGCCGUGGGAAAUCGAUGAACUGUUUGGAUACGACCUCAUUAAAAAAGAGGGUGAUUUGGAUGGUUACUCAGCCACAUUCUCCCUGAUUCCAAAACUCAAAUUAGGAUUUGUUAUUUUGAUGUCAGGUUCCCGGCCUCAAGAGAAGGACUUGACUAUGAGGGUUUAUGAACAUUUAAUACCUGCAAUGGAGUCUGCAUUUCGACAAAGCAAAAGAGUUCUUUCUCCACCUCCCGACUCUAAGCCUUAUGUCGGUUACUACACAUUUGCAAACUUGACCUUUUAUGAGAUUAAGAAGGCGAAGGGUGGAGUAUUAGUGAUGCAGCAGUUUGGCCCUCAUAUUGAAAGCUUGAUACCUGAGAGAUAUCGAACAAUCAAACUCUGUUAUUUAGAAGAAAGGGUAUUUCAAAUUGUAUUUGAAAAGGAAUACCCUUGUGUCUUGAAAUUUAGCACAGCUUCAGUGUCACUUGAGGCACAAGAUGGGCAACUGUUUAAUUUCUUUCCAUUCAACAGGAAAGGCCUAUCUCCUGGUUUUGAUGCUCCAGGUCUUAAUACAUAUAAUAUUCUCCGCAUCAGUCAGAAACCAAGAUUUUAAGAAUUGACAACAGACUGCAGCUAAUUUAGGAACAUUUGAAAAGCCACUUAUUAGAGAUUGAAUAAUAUGAAAAGUUUUGGAACAAGGGAGGGGACUGUUUGGUCAAUCCAACCUUCUCAAAGCAGAGACUGUUUAUGAUGACUCUGUCAUGACGUACCACCAUCUACUGAUCCACUACAUAACAGAACACACUGGCUGGGAAUUUCCUGGGAAUUGUUGCUGUUCCAGUACCAAAUCUUCAUUAGGAUCAUGGUAGGGGUGUGCAAACAACAGCUGAGGAAAUUCCCAGUCAGCGUUUCUUCUGUUUCUGAGGUGAUGUAACAAGGUCAGUCACAUAGACUCCAUAGAAAGAGUUCCCUGCUUAGGGCUGUUAAUCUGGUUCAAUUAAGGAGCUCUGGCUGACAGUGUCAGACAUCCUAUUCACUCUGAGAGCUGG